AUGCCAACUCAAUUAGACAGUCUCGACCACGAGGCGAGCGGUAUUUAUUGGAAUGCGCAGCUCCGUGGUGCCAAGCAUGCCAGCUUCCCACCUCCGAAGCCCGCCCCCGUCAUUCGAUCGCUAGCGAAAAGCAUCGCCCUCCCACCGUCGGCCUCGUCGUCGUCGGUCAACAAGGUCAUCAUACUACGGGCGGCGUGGGCGAUCGUACUUGGGCGGUAUUGUGACACAGACGACAUCUGCUUUGGUGCCUCCGUGUCAAGCCCGGAGGGCACCAUUUCCGACGGUCCGCUGGUUGUCCCGGUCCGGCUGUACCUCGACCCCAAGCAGACGGUCGCGGAUUUCCUGUGCAAUGUGCAGGCGCACGCGUCAGGCAUGAUUCCUCACGAGCAGCAGUUCGGGCUGCAGAAUAUGACGGAACUCCUUGGCGAGGAUGCGCAGGCGGCAUGCAACUUCUCAAGCCUGCUGGUUGUCCGCGCGGCGGAUCCCAUCAUGGCCUACCCUGCCGCGAUGGCAGGCUACUCGCUGGUUGUGCACGCGCUCUUGCAUGACAUGGAUGCCGUCGAGCUCUCCGUCACCUACGACUCAGGCUUGCUGGCGGAUGCCCAAGUCACCGCGCUGUCCCACCACUUUGAUCGCGUUCUUCAGCAGCUGCUCUCGCUGGGCGAGACCGGCACGCUGCUCCGCGAUGUGUCCCUGGCGGGCGAAUGGGACCUGCAACGGGCGAUAGCCACCAACGCUGAUACUCCCGAGGCUGUUAAUACCUGUCUGCAUUAUAUAGUUGAGAGGCAGGCGCGACAGCGGCCAGACGCGCCGGCCAUUUGUGCGUGGGACGGGAAGCUCACAUACGGCGAACUCAACACCGCAGCGGAGCGUUUAGCUCGCCGUCUUGCCGGUGAAGUGUCAGCUGAAGUCCUGGUACAUACCAAAGCAAAGCUGGCGUUGACGUCGACUGCAAAUGUGGAUAUAUGCAAGAGCCUGGGGCUGGCCGUCAUCGAGGUCAACGCGGCCUUGGAUAAAGCCUUGGCCAAUGAUGAAGGCAGGGCAGACUUGCCAUCGCAGCUGCCGACAGCAUGCGAGGUGACCUCUCGAAACGCAGCGUAUGUUCUAUUCACAUCUGGUAGUACCGGAACCCCUAAGGGGCUGGUAAUAGAGCACGGGUCAUUUGCCUCCUACGUCUUCGAUUCAUGUAUCGGAGAAAUCAUUUCUACUCUACUGUUCGGCGGAUGUGUGUGCGUGCCCUCGGAUGAAAUGCGGUGGACCGGCAUUCCCGACUUCAUUCGCGAUACACAAGCAAACUCAGCAUUACUCACGCCGUCCUUCAUUCGUACCAUAAAGCCGACAGAUGUUCCCAGUCUAAGACUGUUGAUCACAGCAUCAGAAUCACCUGGUCAAGAUAUGUUGAACACUUGGCUUGGCCACGUACGCCUAUUCAAUGCCUGGGGCCCGGCGGAAAUAUGCUGCAUUGCCACGCUGCAUGAGUGGAAGUCGGCCAACGAAUCGCCAAUGACUGUGGGAAGGCCGAUGAACGGAUCCUGCAGUUGGAUUGUCGACCCAGAAAAUCAUAACCGCUUGACGCCGAUCGGCUGCGUAGGCGAGCUCGUCGUUCAAGGCCCAACAAUCCUGCGCGAGUAUCUAUCGAACCGAAGGAAGACAGAGGAGUCUAUCAUAACGCCAGUGCCGGCUUGGAUGCCGCGUCGAAUUCCAGAGACAGAAUGGGAUCGGUUCUUCAAAACGGGCGAUUUAGGAUUUUACAACCCAGAUGGAACUAUAGAGUUUGUCGGCCGGAAAGACACGCAGGUGAAAAUCCGGGGCCAACGUGUUGAGCUAGAAGAAGUGGAAUUCAAUAUACGGACUAAGUUAGAGCCUGAGGGGAUCAAGCAGGUGGCUGUGGAUGUCUUACGGACAGAGGCUGGAACGAAUCUUGUAGCCUACCUCUGCUUCAGCUGGGACACCAAGCGAGCGAGCAGGGAUGGGCGAGACAGUAUGGACGACCUUUUCCUACCAAUGACAGAGGAGGUGGAAAGACUGGUACUGGAUUUAACAAAAGCGCUAAGGGUGAAGCUGCCCAGCUAUAUGGUGCCGAAUAUGUAUGUGCCAUGUCGGUAUAUGCCCUAUUCGACGAAGCUGGACAGAAAAACGCUACGGGGAAGGACAGCGGCACUGGACAGAGACAGUAUGGCCAGAUACUCGCUUGUGGACUCCGAAAAGCAAGCACCGAAAACAGCGUCAGAAACCCAGAUGCAACAGCUGUGGGCUUCGGUCCUCAAGGUACCGGCAGAAUCAAUCGGUAGGAACGAUAAUUUCCUACAGAUCGGCGGAGACUCGAUCAGCGCCAUCCGUCUGGUAUCACUGGCCCGAAGCUGCCACGGUAUUGACUUGACGAUGACGUCUAUCUUCGAGGAUGCUCGGCUGUGGCGCUUGGCCGCCACAGUAGGCUCGGCUGCUGCCAUCAGUGCGCCGCCGCCGCCAUUCAGCCUGCUACCAGAUGGCCGCGCCGCCGAUUUUCUGGACCAGGCGUCGAGGCAUUGCGGCCUGUCUGAGAACCAGGCUAUCGAGGAUGCCUACCCAUGCACGCCACUCCAGGAAGGUCUCAUGGCGCUCGCCGUCAAGCAGCCCGGCUCGUACUUGACCACGUGGGUGUAUAAAUUGUCCCCACAUGUGAACGUCACACGAUUCAAAGAUGCCUGGGAGCGGACCGUAGCUCUCUGUGAUGGCCUACGGACGCGAAUCAUCCUGGCAGAUGGUGGCUCAUUCCAGAUUGUUCUCAAAGAUGACGUGGCAUGGGAGGCAUGGGAGUCACCGGAAGGCGGGGGAAUCGACUCCGUCGUGGACCUCGCCGUCGGGGAAACCCACAAGACGGAGAUGUCAACGGGUUCGCGACUCUGGCGGUAUGCGCUGACGGAGGGAGCCGACGGUCAGAGGUACUUCAUCUUGAUCGGACACCAUGCCGUGUUUGACGGCUGGAGUGUCGGUCUUAUUAUGCAACAGCUGAAGUGCUUGUACCAAGAUGCCACGGCCCCCACGUUGGAGCCAUUCUCGCGCUUCAUGCAAUACGUCGGGGGUCUUGACCGCGAGGCGAGCGAGAGGUACUGGACGGCGCAGCUCCAUGAGGCCAGUAAGGCGGCCUUUCCGUCUCGCAAGCCUGGUGUGCCCAACACUACCGGGAGCUCUGUGCUCCGAACUGUGACGAAUCUCAUUGCCCUCCCCCCGUCCGCGACAUCGGUUACUAAGGCUACAGUCUUGAGGGCGGCCUGGGCAAUUGUACUUGCGCGGUACUGUGAUACGGACGAUAUAUGCUUCGGAGCUUCGAUCUCGGGUCGCCAAGCGCCUGUCCCGGGCCUGGACAGCGUGUCUGGCCCGCUGGUGGCCACCGUCCCAGUCCGGUUCCGCCUCGACUCUAAGCAAAAGGUGGCCGACUUCUUACUCCGGGUGCAAGCGCAUGCGUCCGGCAUGACUCCACAUGAACAAUUCGGACUGCAAAAUAUGACUAGGCUCAGCGAGAAUGCGCGAGAGGCGUGCGACUUCGCCAACGUGCUGGUCAUUCACCCGGCCGAGAUCCUCGAUGGGUUCCACACGGUGGAUUCCAUCAUGAGCCCCGUAGCGAGGACGGGUAUGUCGUCCGCGUACGAGUACUUUGGCUACCCGCUGGUUGUGCACGCGUUCUUGCGCGAGAAAGACGUCGAAUUCGCCGCCACGUACGAUACGGCAUGGAUGGUAGAGGCGCAGGUCACGGCGCUGUACCACCACGUUGAUCACGUCGUCCAGCAGCUGCUCGCGCCCGGGGAGACGCUGCUGCGUGACGUUUCCCUGGCCGGCCCAUGGGACCUACAGCUGGCCACGGCCUGGAAUCAGGAGGGACCUGAGGCUAUCGACGACUGCGUUCAUUACAUGAUUACGAAACAAGUGCGAAAACAACCCGAGGCGCCCGCUAUCUGCGCGUGGGACGGUGAACUCACAUAUGACAAGUUGGACGCUGCGGCAAAUCGCUUGGCACGCUACCUUAUCAAGGAGCAAGGUGUGGUGAUAGAAGACCUGGUGCAUGUGUGUUUUGAGAAGUCACUCUGGUUCUAUGUCGCAAUUCUAGCUAUCAAUAAGGCUGGCGGUGUCUGGGUGCCACUAGACCCAUCACAUCCGAUCCAAAGGCAACAAGAGAUAAUACGACAGACCGGGGCUAGGCUUACUCUCACAUCAGCGACAAAUGCUGAGAGGUGUGUAGGGCCAGCGGUUGUCAAGGUGACAGCAGCCCUAGAUAAGACCUUGGCCGACGAUGAAGCAAGGACUGGGUCGCAUAUUCAACUGCCGCCUGUGACGGCACAGAAUGCCGCCUACGUGCUGUUUACGUCUGGCAGCACAGGGACGCCUAAAGGACUAGUCAUGGAACACGGAUCGGUGUGCACUAGCAUGGUCGCUAUUGCAGCCAGGCUAGGCCUGACACCAGACGUGCGCAUGUUACAGUUCGCAUCUUACGCCUUUGACGUAUUCGUGUUUGAAUCAAUAUGUCUACUCAUCUCUGGAGCCUGCAUCUGUGUGCCGUCUGAAACGGCCCGCCUAACAAAUCUGGAGGAGUUUAUCAACACAAGGGCAGUUACCUGGGCCGACUUAACACCCACGUUUGCUAGAACGAUCGACUCGAACAAAGUUCAAAACUUACAAGCCCUAGUGGUCGGAGGCGAAGCGGCAGGUCAGGAUACCAUAAGGAAAUGGGUUGGCAACAAAACGCGGUUGAUAAAUGCCUGGGGCCCGGCAGAGACGUGUGUCAUCAGCGCCUGUCAUGAGUACAAAUCCGUGAACGACUCGCCGCAAACUAUAGGACGGCCUUUGGGCGGAUCCUGCUGGAUCGUCGAGCCGGGAGACCAUGAGCGUCUCACGCCGAUUGGGUGUGUGGGAGAAAUAGUGGUCCAGAGCCCAACCGUCUUGCGCGAGUAUUUAGCAGAUCGAAAGAAAACAGAGGCAGCUAUAAAAGCAGUACCGGCAUGGAUGCCGCGACGCACAGAAGCAAAAUAUGGCCGUAUCUACAAGACUGGAGACCUGGCAUUCUACAACCCAGACGGGACGAUAGAGUUCGUCGGCCGAAAGGAUUUACAGGUAAAGAUCCGGGGUCAACGAGUGGAAUUAGGAGAGGUAGAACAUAACAUCCAAACGGCACUGGAUGGGAUUGAGCAAGUAGCUGUGGACGUUUCACGGACAGAGGCUGGAGGAGUGAGUCUUGUUGCUUACCUCUGCUUCAACCGAGAGACCAGCCUAGCGGGCAAAAAAAGGAGGCAUGCUGCGAUGCAUGGCAACGGCUUGAAUGAAACCAAUACAGUCAACGGAGUCAACGGAGUCAACGGCACAGACAACCUAUUUCUACCCCUAACAGACCAGAUGGAAAAGCAAGUGCGGGACCUGGUCAGAGCGUUGAGAGGGAAGCUGCCUGGCUAUAUGGUACCAACGAUAUUCAUCCCGUGCCGGUAUAUGCCAUUCAUCACAACAACAAAGCUAGACCGGAAGAAACUGAAGCAAAAGACGGCAGAGCUGGAUAGAGAGAGCAUAGCGAGGUAUUCGCUAGUGGAGUGUGAGAAGAAACAACCACCCGAGACAGCGGAAGAAAUGCAGAUGCAGCAGCUAUGGGCGUCGGUCCUCAAGGUGCCGGCAGAGACGAUAGGCCGGGAUGACAGCUUUUUACAGGUUGGGGGGGACUCAAUUACUGCGAUUCGCCUCGUGAUGCUGGCACGCCGUCAGGGUAUUACUUUAACGGUACCGUCUAUCUUCCAGGACGCUCGGCUAUCGCGCCUGGCCUCAAUGAGUAUGACAGUGCAGUGA